UCCUCCAGGGGCAGGGGGUCAGGGAGGAAGGGGUAUUGACAAGCGCCUCCUCUCCUGGUGUGUGUUAACCUGGCUCCACCGCCCUGGCUCCGCCACACCCAUCACCAUCACCACGUAGAAGUAACAGUGUCCCCCUCUUCCAGGUGGAGAGAGCCAGACACUGCACAGCAAAGGAGGCACAGCCGGAACUCCCAGCAGGUGCUGUUCAGACGGACUCGUGAGGACAGAUUGCAAAGCACACACUGGGUGACCGCAGGGUGACCGGUCUGCCACCAGGUCUCUCGUUGUCGGACCCUGAGACAACAGGAAAAUGACUUCCCAUGACCAAAAGGCUGUCACUCGCAGACCCAAGGUGGCUUCCGCCAAGAGGAUGAGCAAGUUCCUGAAGCACUUCACCGUGGUUGGGGAUGACUACCACACGUGGAAUGUCAACUACAAGAAGUGGGAGAACGAGGAGGACGAGGAGGACAAGGAGGAGGCGGCCCCCACAGCCGCUGAGGGCGAGGGCAGCGCCUCCCCCGAUGCCGAGGCUGGCCCUGUCCCCACACCCAGGCCAUCGCUGGACUUCAGGGGCAGGCUGAGGAAGCUCUUCAGUUCCCACAGGUUUCAGGUUGUCAUCAUCUGCCUGGUGAUCCUGGAUGCCCUCCUGGUGCUUGCUGAGCUCCUCCUGGACUUGAGGAUCAUCAAGCCAGAUGAGAAAGACUAUGCGGAAAAGGCGUUCCACUACAUGAGCUUCGCCAUCCUGGUCUUCUUCAUGUGGGAGAUUAUCUUUAAAAUCUUCGUCUUCCGAUUGGAGUUCUUCCACCACAACUUUGAAAUCCUGGACGCCAUUGUGGUGGUGUUGUCCUUUGUCCUUGACCUCGUCCUCCUGUUUAAAAAGCACCAGUUUGAAGCUCUCGGUCUGCUGAUCCUGCUACGCCUCUGGCGGGUGGCCCGGAUCAUCAAUGGCAUCAUCAUCUCGGUGAAGAUGCGCUCGGACCGGCAGGUCUUGCGGUUAAAGCAGAUAAACCUUCAACUGGCCACCAAGAUCCAGCACCUGGAAUUCAGCUGCUCUGAGAAGGAACGAGAAAUUGAGCGACUCAACAAGCUGUUGAAACAGAACGGACUUCUUGGGGACGUGAACUAGCCUUCCAGAAGCUCCACCCUAGAGAAGCUGGGCUGUGGCCAGAGAGCAACUGUGUGCUGCCAAGUCCAG